CCUGUCCAAAAUACGCCACUCUCACAGGAAACACUACCUUGUUUCCCGCUCUGUACACACAGUGUCUACGCCAUCUCAGUCGUUGCCCCAAGGUACUCGACUUAGCCAAAGCCAUCCCUCCGCAGCCAUCCAAAGGCAAUGUAACUACCUGGCUCCAUCAUCAGGAUGGGUUCAAGCAACUCCACCACGUCGAAACCAGCCAGCGCCAUAUCGAAGCCAAGGCUCCGCACGUUGAAGUCGGGCACGUAUGAGGAUCUCGCGGAUACAACCGUGAAAUACAAAAUCGUCCAGGAGAUCACGAGAAAGGCGCUGCAACUACUCUCUACCCCUGAAGGGAAAAGCAGCUUGGUCCAGGUUGCUCGGAUUAUCGUCAGGGAGACGGAUCAAGACCAGCUGACUAUUAAAGAGGAGGAAUUUAGACAGAGACCUACGUGGUACAUUGACCGCUUCCUUUCCGCUGUGGCGGAGGAGUUUCCGAACAUCGACCUGAAAGCCAUGCACAGUGACUCUCAGCCCACGCUGUAUGACUGGGGCACCGAUGUGGAGAAGUAUAGCCCUCGGGCUCACGGGUACCUUGAAUUGAACGAGACGGUACUUGACCAGAUGGAUGGCAUACAGCAGAGCACACCCAAAGAUGCAAUGCCCCAUCAGAGGUACUACAUUUUUAAGUUCCUGAUGAUUAUUGCGACGGCCCACGAGCUGGUUCACUUCCUGAGGGGCUACCUGCUAGCCUCGGGGUCUCCUCAGACACCACCAAAGGUCCGCGUGUCAGGGUAUGAGACUCACCCGGACGAUGACCUCUGCGGCUUGCCGAGGGGAGAGGCGGGUCGUUUCUGGGAGACGAUUCUGCUAGGAGGCAUCGUGGAAUCCUGGACCAAUCCUAGCAUCAAGCCCAGUGACGAGAACUAUAAGACACAGGCGGGCAUCCCGUACCUCCUCCAGGACGGGGCUGUGACGGCGGGGGCUCGGCUCAUUCCCAAGCAAACUGCCUUGGAGUUUGCAGCCGGCAGUAAGUGUUUAUACAAUUACUCUGAAGUCUUGUCAUGUCCCUGCAUCAAUAAAUAAUCACCGUCGUCAACCAAUCACAGGAUUCACUCUCCCGCUCUUGCCUCCCACAUCCGCAUUUCCCAUCACCCGCAACGGAUUGGCCCAAAAUGGGCAGCGUCAGACGUCCACGCUCCGGAAUACGAUGAACACUUCCCAGUCGUCCGAGUGGCAUUUUCCCCGGCGCAGACCUGACCACUUGCGAAGUGGAGCGCCACCGCUACUCGGAUUCCCGGCAUGGAACACCCCCGCGUUUGGCUAUGGUCCUGGCCUUGGGCCGUCUGGAUUACCGCAGCUGGCGGGAUUGGGCGGGAUGCCGUUGUACGGACAUCAGUGCUAUGUUGGUGGAGCUGAGCUGCUGCAACAUGCUCGUGGUGUGCCUCCGCUGUACGGGAACAACCAGAACGCGCCUGGAGGGUCGCAAUUUGGUUAUGUUUCAUAGCAUCGGGUAUGGCUAUUUCUGUUUCAC